AUGUCGAUGGAAAUCCAAGAUCCACAUUCCAAACACAAUCCUAAUUCUAAUUCCAAUUCCAAUCCCAAUCUCAAUUCUGAUCCAAAUCCGCAAAAUGCUCUCGCUCCUAGAAUUCCUCUCUCCAAUUCACAUUCAUCGACGUCAAUGUUCAGUGUUCGACCCGGGCCCCACCAUAGGAGGGCCCACUCCGAGAUGAGCUUCCGAUUGCCGGACGACAUGACUAUGAUGAUGAUGGGUCUGUCGCCUUCUGAUCCGAUCAAUGGCGGUGGAGGUGGAAAUGAAGGUGGCGGAUCUUCUGCUUGUAGUCUCGAGGAGAUCGGGUCAGAGGACGACCUCUUUUCUACCUAUAUUGACGUCGAUAAGCUUAACGGAGAUGGGCGCAACUCUACGGAUCAGAGUAAUAACAAUAACAACAACAACAACAACGGUGAAGGUAAUGGAGAUAAAGGAGGAGCUUCUACUUCAACGUCGAGGCCAAAGCACAGGCAUAGCAACUCCGUUGACGGAAGCGUUUAUGGAGACGUAAUGGAGGCUAAAAAAGCUAUGCCUCCUGAUAAGUUACAAGAGCUUUGGAGCAUUGAUCCAAAAAGAGCAAAAAGGAUACUAGCUAAUCGGCAGUCUGCUGCUCGUUCUAAAGAGAGGAAGGCCCGAUAUAUUCUAGAGCUUGAGCGCAAAGUUCAGACCCUUCAAACAGAAGCCACCACUCUUUCUGCCCAACUGACCUUAUUCCAGAGGGAUACAACAGGACUGAGCACAGAAAAUACAGAGCUUAAGCUUCGUCUUCAAGCUAUGGAGCAACAGGCUCAAUUGCGCGAUGCUCUGAAUGAGGCGCUAAAGAAGGAAGUCGAGAGACUCAAAGUUGCCACUGGCGAAAUAAUGAGCCCCGCUGAGUCGUUCAACUUGGGAAUGCACCAAAUGCCAUACACCCCAUCUAACUUUUUCCCACAUCCACAACAACCAGGGCCUGCUGGUCAUCCAAAUAUGCAGUUGCCACCACUUGCACAUUCCCAACCUAGUAUGCCAUCUCACCCUCUUCAUCAAACAAAUUCCCAUGCUUUAUCAGAAAUGAUGCAAAAUGAUCCUCUUGGCAGACUACAGGGGCUUGAUAUCAGUAGUAAAGCACCAAACAUUGUAAAGUCAGAAGGCCCCUCGCUUUCUGCAAGUGAAAGUAGUUCCACAUUUUGACAAAAACUAGCUGCUAACUAGCUGACUUGUUCAUGGCAUGUGUGUGUUUAUAGACUGACAUCCAGUCGCUUGGAGAAGGUACCCUUUUUUAAUUUGAUCAUUCAUUCUUUUCAUGUUGUGGGGAUCAAUUCUUAAUUGUUUAUUCUUAGGGUUCUCCCAGAAAAAGGGAAGCACCCAGGUUUUGAUGCAACGUGUACGAGUUCUUGUUUAACAUGAAAUUUUGUUCAUCAAUGGGGCUAGGUUCAAUGGGAAUGAAAGGUCAUUCCCGUUUGGCUGUCAAGAUGUUGUGACAUUGUUGUCCAAUUCAUUUGUAUCUCAUUUCAUUUGUAAACGUGGACAUUCUCGUUCCAUUUCCUGGAUUGUUCAAAAUGGGAUCUCAAUCGCCUCCUAUUUUUGUUCCAACCUGGAAGCUUUUGAUAA